UCUGUUUGCACCAAGGCUCGCAUCCUUCAGGAGGCUGGCUUCUGCCCACUCCAUUUGAACGCUGGCGUGUCACUCAAGCGGGAAGCCCGGGGCAGGCACAUGUGCACUGAGCAAAAACAACAGAAGUCAGUCGCAGCUUGCCGAGCUCCGUGAAGACGGAUUGCAGCUAUUUGUGAAGCUGAAAGUGAAAGCCGCGUUGUAAACUGCUGGGCUGAACUGCGAGAAGUCACGAGUAAAUGAACGACUGCGUUGCCUGCGUGAAAUGAACCAUUGGCUUUUUGCCUCAUUUAUUUGGGAGUCUUGAAAUUUGGUGUCUGUAAUAUUCUUUAUUGGCUAUAGCUGUGCACUUCCUGAAGGAGAAAAUGCCGCAAACACCUACCCUUGCAGCCAUGUUUAAUAGCAGUGGUUACAGCCGGCAUCUAUACGUAACCAGAGAAGGUAAUUGUGGAGGCUUGUUUCACCAAAACAACAACCUUGUGUCAGGGUCUCUGGAGGCACUGAUCCAACACCUUGUACCAACAGCGGACUACUAUCCUGAUAAGACAUACAUAUUUACAUUUCUUUUAAGCUCCCGUCUUUUCAUUCGACCUUAUGAACUUCUAGCAAAGGUUUGCCUUAUGUGCAUCGAACAACAGAGACUGAAUGAGACCAUUUUGGAUAAGGCCAAGAUAAGGAAAUUUGCGCCUAAAAUAGUCCAGCUUUUGUACAAUUGGACUGAAACAUUUCCCUAUGACUUUCGAGACGAGAGGAUGAUGAGAAACCUGAAGGACAUGACCCACAGGAUAGCGGCAAUGGAUGAGCUCCAUCGGAAAUCUGUGCAGCAAAUGACUCAGAAUUUGAUCAGGAAGCUUGCUGCCCUUAACCAGUAUGAGGAAGUUCUCUCAAAAUUAAAUGCCUCGGCCACCGACAGAUUAACUGUGCUAAGGACCAAACCACAAUCCAUCCAGAGAGACAUAGUGACCAUCUGCAAUGAUCCAUACACUUUAGCUCAGCAGCUAACACAUAUAGAACUGGAACGACUCAGUCAUAUCGGACCUGAAGAAUUUGUCCAGACAUUUGCACACAAAGAUCUUUUGGACAACAACAAGUCCUGCAUUAAUGAUCUGAAGAAAACAAGCAACCUGGAAGCCUAUGUGGAGUGGUUUAACAGACUGAGCUAUCUGGUAGCAACAGAGAUCUGCAUGCCUGUGAAGAAGAAGCACAGGGCACGGAUAAUAGAAUAUUUCAUAGACGUUGCUCGCGAGUGCUUUAACAUCGGCAACUUCAAUUCCUUGAUGGCAAUUAUUUCCGGCAUGAAUAUGAGCCCAGUUUCCAGAUUAAAGAAAACCUGGUCUAAAAUCAAAACAGCCAAAUUUCAUAUCCUUGAGCAUCAAAUGGAUCCAUCCAGCAACUUCUACAAUUACAGGACGGCUUUACGAGGAGCAGCUCAGAGAUCAACGACAGCCCAUAGCACCCGGGAAAAGAUUGUAAUUCCGUUCUGCAGUCUAUUGAUCAAGGACAUUUACUUUUUAAACGAGGGUUGUGCCAACCGUUUAAUGAAUGGACAUGUCAAUUUUGAGAAAUUCUGGGAGCUGGCAAAGCAAGUCAGUGAGUUUAUGACCUGGAAACAGAUGGAGUGUCCCUUUGAGCGUGAUCGUAAAAUCCUUCAGUACCUUCUCACUGCCCCUGUGUUCUCUGAAGAUACACUUUAUUUGGCAUCCUAUGGAAGUGAAAGCCCGGAGAAUAAUGUUGAAAAGGAGAGGUGGAAGACUUUAAGGUCAAAAUUUCUAUCUAGAGUUUAGCCUCAACAUAAAGUGCUUUAUAAUUGGCACCAACACAAUGUUUUUCAACAACUGAUUUUCAAGAGCAAGAGACUUGGACAGCAGUGGAAUAAAAGUUAUGCACGAACAACAAUGAAUCUCAAUCAGAGCGAAACAGAGAUUGGAAGCCUAUUUCACUGGUCAUAGACUACAUGCAAUUUUUUUUUUGGGUUCUGCUGGCUGUUAGCAAUUUCAUUGUGAACUGAGAAUCUCAGAGUUGAGAGUGUGGGUACACCUGGUUGCAAACCUCCAUAUUAACUGGUCUGGUGGACGGAUUCCUGAGAUUUGCUGCUGGUUACUCUGCAGUUUCAGACAGAACCUCAGGCCUGGGUGCUGGUCUCCACCUGGUCUUAUAGCUAUUGGGAUCAAAAUGACCUGAGAUGGCUGCGGGUCAGUAUCAUCGGGAAAAAAAGCUAAUAUAAUAAUGUUCAUGACAAUGGUCAUACAUAUAUUGUACCAGAAGGCAAUAGAUUUGUAUGAUAUGGCAAGUUAGUUAAAUCCAUGACCAAACUGUUUACAUAGAACAUACUGUAAAUAUCUCAUGUUGAAGUAUCAGUUACAUCUAGGUAGGCUUUGGGAUACUCUGAGAUUUAAAGUAACUCUGAAGAAUUAAAAUGGUAGAAUGUUAUUUUGGUAUUUGUUUGUAAGAAUUAAAACAACAUUUUGGAUUAUUUUAUAAAAUGUUUAGUAAUCACCAUAUACUUGAAUAUCAUCACAAAGGCAGGGAUUUUCUUGACAGGAAUACUUGCAAAAUUGUCGAUUAAAUUGUAAUCCGUCAUUUAAUCUGCAGAAGUCAGCAUUCUGUGAGUCACAUCAGCAUUAGGAUUGUGCAAUAUCCUGCAUUGUGAAGCAUUUAUGACUUGCUUGCAAUAGGUGUAAGCAUUUAAAAAUAUUUAUUCCAAAUGCAUAAUGAAAGACAUGUGAACUCAGUAGAAAAAAAAAUGAACAUGGUUCUGAAAAGUUAGUGCCAGUGAUUCAUGACAAGAUACUGUACAUGUUAUAAUGCAUGUGAAUGAUGGCUGAAUUUUGUACAUUUUCUUCCUGCCAUUAUCUUUUUUUUUAAAUAUUGUGGUUAACUUAUCUGUAUAUAACUUUUAUGCGUACAUCAUUAUGCAUUUUAAAUGCUUAGUUGCUGAGAAGGGAAUUAAAAAAAAUACUGUGGUGAUUUUGUAAAAUAAUGAAUCUUCUUUCACUGUAAGAUUAAUUUUAUACUGAAUUUUGGCGUAGUUCAAUCUAUAGUUUACUGAUGCAAUAGAGAGAAAAUUCCAGUCAUGCAUUAGCAGUUUGACAAUUUUAUGCAACAGUAGUGUUUUGUGUCAACAAGUAUUGGUGAAUCUAUCUAUAUGUACGUCGAAUACUCCUGUGCAUCACUAUUGUGGGAUCCAAUGGCAGCAUUAAUACUAUACAGCAGGAAGGAUUGCACCAUCUCCCCACAUGAUGCAUGCUUUCAUCUGGGUGUCAACCCCACCAUAUACGGGAUUGAAAUACUACACCUUCAUACACAAGAUAGGAAUGCUAUUACUAAGCACUGCUAAAUGUGCGAUUGGUUGUUUGUGGACAGAGCAGAGAGGGCUUUUUACAUUAUAAAUACAAUAGGAAAAUAUGGUGAAUGCUGUCCUCCUAAAUACAUGGAAAAUUGUUACCUGAGCUUUUGUUGAACUGACCAAGCA